AAAGAGAUCUGAAGAGAGAGAACAGGACCUAGCUAGACAGAAGCUAGAGAAGAAGAAGAAGAGAAGAGAGGACCCUGAUCGGAAGUCAGCUAGCUAGCUUCUGUCAAAGGGGAGAGAUGAUCAAGGGGGUGAAGCAGCUUGGUAGCCAUGAAGAGCGGUUAACAGACAAGGCGUGCUCACCAAACCCGUUGGAAAGGUCUCAAAUAGACGAAGCGUCAAAUCAAACUUCGGCAAUUUUGAAAGCUCAGAACAAGGUUGAGGAAGAUAAACUCGCAUCGACAAGGGCAGAGAUGGGUGAGGUAAGAGAAGAGAACAAGAGGCUAAAAACAAUGCUGUCACGCAUUGUAGAGGACUACCGAUCUCUUCAAUUGCACUUCCAUGACGUUCUUCAACAAGGACAAGCCAAAAAGCUUGCAGAACCUGCAACCGUUGCGGCCACCGACGUCGAGGAGCCUGAAUUCGUCUCACUGAGCCUCGGCACGAGCACAAGCACGCGCAAGAAGGAAGAGAAUAGUAGUGUCUCUGAAGGCAGAGGGAGAGAAGAUUCCAUGAACACUAGAGAAGGAGGGCUCUCUCUUGGAUUGUCAGACUGCAAAGUUGGGGCAACUAACAAUGCAAAGAUACAGCCGGAGAUGCUGACCUUGAGCCCCGAAGGUAGCUCUGAGGACGCCAAGGACGACGCCAUGGAGGCAGCAGAUCAGCAGUGGCCGCCGAGCAAAACGCUGAAGAACUUGAGGAGCGUCGGCGCCGAAGCCGAGGAUGACAUAGGUCCACUGCAACAGGCCAAGAAGACAAGGGUGUCCGUAAGGGCAAGGUGUGAUGCACCAACGAUGAAUGACGGGUGCCAAUGGAGGAAGUAUGGGCAGAAGAUAGCCAAGGGGAACCCAUGCCCCCGCGCCUACUACCGGUGCACAGUGGCAGCAGGAUGCCCCGUCAGAAAACAGGUGCAGAGGUGCGCGGACGACAUGUCGAUCCUGAUCACCACCUACGAGGGCACGCACAACCACCCGCUCUCCGCCUCCGCCACCGCCAUGGCCUCCACCACCUCUGCCGCGGCGUCCAUGCUCACCUCGGGCUCCUCCACCUCCCUCCGCUUCCCCUCCGCCUCGCCCGCCGCCGCCGGCCUCAGCUUCGGCUUCCCGUCGGCGCACGACGCCGCCGCCUCUAAACACUUCUUCCUCCCGAACGGCGGCGCCGCGUCCAUCACCUCCACCCCGUCCUACCCGACCAUCACCCUCGACCUCACCUCGCCGCCGGCCACCUCGCAGGCCUUCUCGCUGAGCAGCAGGUUCUCGUCGAGCAGCUUCGGGCACGGCGGCGCGAGGUACCCUCCCACCAGCUUCUCCUUCUCCACCUCCGGCCCGAGCGCGCUGUCCGGCGCGGCGUGGCCGGCGACCGGUGGGGCCGGGUACCUGAGCUACGGGUCACCAGCUUCGUCGCUGUUCAACGGCGGUAAGCUCAGCUCGUUCGAAGCUGCGCUGAGCAGCAUCAACGGAAGGCAACAAGGCGGGGAGGUCCCGGCGCUCCACCACCAACAGCAGAAGGCUUCCGCGAGCGGGAGCGCGCCGGCGGGCGUGCUCACCGACACGAUAGCGAAGGCGAUCACGUCGGACCCGGGCUUCCACACGGCGCUGGCGGCCGCCAUCACGUCGUACGUCGGCACGCAGGGCGGCAAAUCGUCGGCGGCGGGAGGCGACGGCGGCAGCCAGCUGCAGGGGCUCAAGUGGGGGCAGCACCUCGGCCUGGGCCCGCCGCCGUCAAGCGCGGGCGCGGCGUGCUCGUCGGCGCUGCUGGCGCGUUCAUCGCCGACGACGGCCGCGGAGGAGCAGGGCUCGAAUGGGCAUCGGUCGUUCUUGCAGCCGUCGCUGGGGCUGUCGUCAGGCUCUCACAGUGCAUCCACCUCUCCUGUGGAGAACAGGGAGCAAUGAUCGCAUCAGCUGGAGAUUCUGAACUUGUUUGAUUCACUUCGUUCAAAUGUUUGUCAAAAUUUGGUUAUUUCAUCGUUUGGUGUAUAUAUCCCGGGGAUAAGUGUGUCAUUUCAGAGGAUAGAUGUCCUGACUCUCACUGUAGGAUAUAAAGAAAUUGUUUUGGUUCACAAGACACAUGUAAAACAGAGAAUUGCAUUUAUGUU